AUGGACUUUCCCUUUCCGGAAGAGCUCGAAUUGCUUGAAGCUAACUAUCACCUCCCCGAAGACAGCCUACUGCUUGAAGCAGCGGAACCCUGCCCAGAAGAAUUCGAAAAAGAACAACCUACCGGUUCUAAAUGGCCACCGUCCACAGACGACCCGUCAUCUUCCGAAACCCAAAGCAACGCCCGCAACCGUUUGCGAUCAUCGAGUAUGGACAUGGACAUUCCUUUUCCCGAAGAGCUCGAAUUGCUUGAAGCCAACUAUCACCUCCACGAAGACUUGCUAGACCUUGAACCAACGGAACCCCACCAAGAAGAAUACGAAAAAGAACAAUCACCAUCCACAGACCACCCGUCGUCAUCCGAAACCCAAAUCAACGGUCAUAAGCGUUUUCGAUCAUUGGAUGGUCCUUAUGGGUCGAUUUCCGAAAACGAUGGACUGUCGGAUGAGAAACGGAGCAAGAUGGAUGAUUUGGACCGGUCCAAGAAUAAUGAGGACUGGCUUCAGUACUCGCCUCCACACCAGAGCGAUCCUACGGUCGAUGAACAAGUUGUUGAUGCUGUGGAGGAGAAGGUUGUGUCAAGGUAUGCGUCGGAGAUCCAUGGUGAUUUCAUUCCGGUGACGGCGCCGGGUGCCGGCGAUAGGGUUUACGCGAAGAUAUGCAGGAUAGAGAGGGUGGAGCGUCCCAAGAUAUUGCGUGCAAAAGGAAAAUUUGGAGGUCUUAUUUCAGAACCUAUUAAGGAUCUAUUGCAAAGAGUGGAGCAAGAGGCGUUUAUGAAGGCCUUGCAAGCUCGUUCUAAAAGUCAGGGUGAUGUUAUUCAUCCUGAAUCUCCAGUAGUGCAUGAACAACUUUGGGUGGAUAAAUAUGCUCCAAAUUCAUUUACUGAGCUUCUCAGUGAUGAACUGACAAAUCGUGAGGUCCUCCUAUGGUUAAAACAAUGGGAUCCUUGUGUUUUUGGAUCUGAAAUUAAGAGCACUUCCGAUGAUGUUUUGUCUGCAUUGAGACGACAUUCUUCUAUAACUCAACAUAAAAAACUUUCUGAUUCAAAGGUUCCAAGGAAUAACAGAGGAUCCAGAUGGGAUAAUGAAAAAUCUAAGCAUUUUAAUGAUAUGAAUAAUGAAAAUACUAAUUCAAAAGGCAUAAAAGAGUUGUGGAACAGGUCAAGGUCUAGUGGUCCCCCAGAAGAAAAGAUCCUUUUACUUUGUGGCCCCCCAGGGCUUGGGAAGACUACACUUGCACAUGUAGCUGCAAAGCAUUGUGGGUACCGAGUGGUGGAGGUUAAUGCUAGUGAUGAUCGAUCAUCAUCCACAAUUGGGGCUAAAAUUCUUGAUGUCGUUCAGAUGGAGUCGGUCAUAGUUGAUCAUAAGGAGUCCGUGAGAAUUGACUCGAGGCCAAAGUGUUUGGUGAUUGACGAAAUAGAUGGAGCUCUCGGUGAUGGAAAAGGUGUCGUGGAGUUUAUUCUAAAAAUGGUUUCUGCUGAUAGGAAGUUUGAUAUGGAGAAGGAUAAUGUCAAUAAAGAACUAAAAUUGGGAAGGUUUUCUUCAAAAAAGGGGGGGAAAACUGCAUCUUUGUCGAGGCCUGUUAUUUGCAUAUGUAAUGACCUUUAUGCACCUGCUUUGAGACCAUUGCGCCGAGUAGCAAAGGUUCAUGUUUUUGUUCAACCAACAGUGAGUCGAGUGGUAAGCAGGCUGAAAUAUAUAUGUACCAAGGAGGAAAUGAAAACAAGUUCUAUUGCACUUACCGCCCUUGCAGGGUAUACAGAAUGUGAUAUACGUUCAUGCUUGAACACUCUUCAGUUUCUCAACAAGAAGAAGGAAACACUCAAUGUGUGGGGGAUUGAUUCUCAAGUGGUUGGUCGAAAGGACAUGUCAAGAAGUGUGUUUGAUGUCUGGAAAGAGAUCUUCCAAAAGAGAAAAACGAAGAUGGACAGAAGAACCAAUAGGAGCUGUGGAAUUAUGUCAAAUGAAUUUGACUCCUUGCAUGCUCUCAUUUCUAACUGCGGUGACUAUGAUUUGAUUGUGGAUGGUCUUCAUGAAAACUUUUUGCAUCUCCCUUAUCAUGAUCCAGUGAUGCAAAAGACUGUCAAAUGCUUAAGUAGUCUUGGUGCCUCUGACCUUAUGCACAAAUAUAUCAUGCGUACACAACACGUGUCCCUUUAUGCUUAUCUGCCAGCUGUUGCGAUCACCGUACAUCGUUUGAUAGCCCAAGUGCAGAGACCAAAUAUUGAGUGGCCAAAAUCUUAUCAUAGAUACCGAACAAUGUUGAUGGAGAAGGUUGAAAGUUUAAGGUCUUGGUACAGCACAGUUCCACCAUUUAUUUCAAGACAUUUGUCAAUUAAGUCCUUUGUAGAAGACUCAAUUUCAUUCCUUUUACACAUACUCUCUCCCCCAACUCUAAGGCCGGUGGCAUCGCACUUACUAUCAGAAAAGGAGAAGAAUGAUUUGGCUCAGUUAGUUAGCACGAUGGUCUCCUAUUCUAUAACACAUAGAAGCAUGAAGUCCAAUCUUGGACAUGAAGCAGCUGAUGCCUCAGCGCUCUCUUUCGAUCCCCCCAUUGGUGACUUUAUUAAUUUCAAGGGCUAUAUAUCUGGCCAUCAUGUACUCGCCUUAACCAUGAAAGAGGUGUUGGCACAUGAGGUUGAAAAGCAAAGGAUCUUGCAAGUAAGCACUGGAAGAUCUGCUUAUUCGACAGUUGGAUGCAACAAGGAAAACCAAGAUCUUUUAGGGACAGAAAUUAGUAGUUUACAAUCUGCUAGAGCUGAUCAUGCAGGUGCAGGUGCUUUAAAUGCUGGAAACUCAGAAAACAUGUCAAAUGGAAGGCAGCCAAGUCCCAGUACUUCUAGUGCUUCAUUGAACUUGGGUUCUGCUAGAAUUACCAAAGCCAGUACGAAAUUAAAUUCUACUGGAUGUAUGAGGUCUCCUAAUGGUUCCUCCAGUUUCUUUGACAGGUAA